CAUGGAAAGUGGUUCCAAGAUAAUGACUAUACAUGAGGGAAACACCAACUCUCCUUGUUCAGCAUUGCUGGAAAGAUUAAAAAAUUUAAGAAGAUGGCAAGAUGAACAGCGGAAGGAAAUAUCCUUAAACCAGUCCAGAGGUGCUUGUGAAAUGAAGUUGCCAAAGAAAAAUGAGUUUCAUCGAGAUCCAACAAAUAGUGAUAUAGAGGCCUUACAACUUAACAGUCAAGGGGGCAUGAAAAACAAAGUUUAUGAGCAGAGAGGUAACAGUAGUGAAGGAGAGAAUAGUACUUCAUUAUUGGAAUUUCAACAAUCAUCAAGUGGAAGUUCACUUACCCAUCAUAGAUUCAUAAGUGAAAAUUCAAAUACUGUUGAAGAUCAGUCAGUAUAUCAAGAUGAUAGGCCUAACCAGGAAGGUUUGUCUUGUCAGAAUGUUUUAGGUAAUAUUAGUGAUAGUAUUUCAACUAGUCCUGAUCUGUCUUUGCAAGAAGAAUGCAAAAUGCAUCCAGUAAGUGAAAAUGGUCAGAGUAAAGUUGUACAAACUCAGGAUAAUCAAAUCUUAGAUAAUAUUAAUAUUAAGAAAAGUAUUGUAAGUGAAUUUCCUAUUGCAAGAGAUAUGUAUACCUUGAAGUGUAACCCUACCAAUGAGGAUGAUUGUAAGAGAAAAUAUCAGGGUCUUACAAAUUUUAUAAGCCGCCACACUGUCAGUAAUUCUGUUAUAGACGAUAAUGUUCUUGGAAUUAAUUCAAAGACAAGUAAUGAGACUUCUGUGUCACAGCCACAGCUCAAAUUUACUUAUUUAAAGAAAGGUCAGGGUACAGCUAGGUUUGGCAUGAAACCGUUGCGAUUCAGAAGGGCUCAAAAUUAUGUUCAAGAACAGGCAGAGGAAAGAGAGAUUUUUAGCGGAAACCCAUCAGUCAAUAUAAAAAGUAUUGACAGUUCUCAAAACUAUAAAUUAAAAGCAGGAAAUGUGCCUGUUAAAAUGCUACAGCUGCAAGAUCCCACAACUAGAUUGGGAUAUGAGAAAUGCAAGGAAGGAACAAUUAUGCAUGCGCCAGCAGAAAAAGAUGAACCCGUCAUAGUAACUCGGAGCAAUAUCCAGCAGAAAAGGGUAACCCCAACAUCAGAAAAUGACAAGCAGUUACUUAAAGAACAGGAAGAGUUGUCAGCAUUUGAGAAGUUGGAAGAACUAGCGGAUGAUUCAAGUUUCUCUUCCAACUCAUCAACUGUUAUUCGGUUACUUCAGCGAGGUCUGCAUUCAUCAUCAUCUACGCCAUUGAAGUCACCUUCCUCUACGCCCAGUUUUAGUCCAACAUUUCACUUGUUGAAUAAUAAAAAAAUACUAGCCAAAUGCUGUAAACGAGAUGAUGUUAUUGCCAAACCAUCAAAAAUGGAACUGGCUAAUAUUUGUUCUGAUGAAAGUUACCGUCAGCAGAACCAGUUCCCGCUGGUAAAUGUUAGCAUUGUUCUUGAGCAGCUGAAGAGGUUUGUGAGAUUGGAAGAUCUUUCACUGUCUGGCUUAUCAGAGGAGGAGUUGAAGUCAGUUUUAGAAAGCUUCAUAGAAUCUGAAAAUUCCUUUAAUGUAGGAUCAGUUUCUUGUUUUGAAAAUAAUAUAAAACUUACUUCAAGUAACCCAACAAGUACUCCAGCUGUAAAUGAUGAACCUCAACUUGCUAGGCCACGUGUCCAUUUUCAACCUGAAGGAGUACAGGUAUUGGAGUAUGAGCUUUCGGAAUCAGAUGGAGAAAACACAUUAACUGAUAUGGCAUCUAUUACAGAUGAUACUGAUUUGGUAACAACCUCGGAUUUAGAAGUUUUAACACAAAUACAUGUAAAUGCUACUGACUCUGAAGGUGCCCAAAAAUUUCAAUCUUUGAAGGAGUCUCAUGAAAAUGAAACCCCUGAUCAUGUUUCAAGUUCAGGAGCUCUGCAACCAAUCAGAUUGCAGUUUUCACCACCAUGCCGUCCAAAGAAUUCAGCAUCACACUACAUAUGGUCUAUAUUUGGGAAAGAAGAGCCUGGAAAGAAGGCCAACCAUUCCAAAACAUCACAGCAUGUCUCUUCAAAAGGCAGUAGGAGGGUAUUGAUUAGUGCGCCAGAAGCUGUACAAGAGAAAGAUAAAAAACUCCUUGAGACCAAUGGAAGUAAGGUUAUAGAAAGCAUAGAAAGAGAGGAAUCUCCAUCAGCCAGCAAAAUAGGGAAUCAUGAGGAAGUGGAAACUCACAAAGCUCUUCUUAUGGCUAAAGUGUGUGAGUUAGAAAAGGAAAUAGAUUUCUAUAAGAAAGGAAAUGUUAAGAUCAAGAAUCUUCAAGAUAGUCUGCAGAGUGAAAGGUCUCAAUUGGACCAUCAGAAGAGAUCGUUUCAAGAAGAGAUGGCCAAAGAAAAGGUUAAGUUCCAAGAAUAUCUUGAUGCUGAAAGAAACAAGCUGUGGAAAGAAAAGCAAUCUGUCAGGAAUCCCUCAGUAUCAUCAGUCCGUGAGCAGUCAAUGGAAAUUGUUUUUUUGAAGGAGCAGCUAAAAGAUUUACAAGAAGAACUACAGAAAAGGGAAGAUUUACAUAAUGGUGCUGUGAAGAAACUCAAUGAGAAAAUUAGAUUACAAGAACUAGAAGUGAAGUCAUUAAAAUUGAAAAAUGCAUCUUUGCAAAAAAGUGUUCAAGAUAUGCAACAAAAGCAAAAAAUAGACAGAGGCAAUGUAAAUAAAAAACCUUCUGUAAAUAGCAAAGGAGUUAUACUUACAGGAAAAUCAAAAAUGAAGACAAAAACGGCAACUAUAAACAGUAUUAAUAAGUCUCUGGAUAAAGUACCAGUUACUGUAAGUGAUCCUUUAAUAGAUAGACAAGCUUUACUGGGAGACAUGCCAGUGCAGAAUAAAAUGUCAGGUUUAGGUAGACAAUCUCCUUCAAAUUCACUUCAUCAGAAGAGUAAUCAAGAAAAAAAUCAUACUUUACAAUCAUUUCAGCAGGCAAACAAAAUUGAGUUCUCAGGCAGUAUAAUUACUACUGGUAGAAACAAAAAUGCUCAGGAAAGUAGCAGAUCUGAUAAUACCGACAAAAGAAGGGACUUAAUUGGACUACAUGAAGAUAAACCAACAAAUGAUGGUGAAGAAGCUAAGGAGAUUCCUGUGGGCACCAUUGAUGCUGGUUUCUUAAGUUCAAAAUUCAAGCCCGGCAUAACAAGUGUGAUGGAAAGCUCUCCUCAAACACAACAAAGUAUAAACAUAGAAUCUACAGAAUUGCAAUUAGGUGAUGGAACAAAAGAAAUCAUUUAUGCUAAUGGAAAUAAAAAAUCCAUCCAUUCAGAUGGAACAAUAAUUAUCAGCUAUUAUAAUGGUGACAAAAAGGAAAUCCAUCAAGAUCGAACUGUUUAUGUUUACGGGACUGAUCGCACAAGUCACACUACAUUUAUAAAUGGCAAGGAAAUUCUUGAAUUCCCAAAUGGCCAGAAAGAAACCAGAUUCACAGAUGGAUCAUCUGAAAUUAUUUUUCCUGAUAAAACGUGCAAGACUGUGUUGCCAGAUGGUACAGAAGUAUGCACUUUGCCAAAUGGUACGAUUGUCCACACAAAUGCUGAUGGCUUUAAGGUGAUGGAGUUUGUAAGUGGUCAGAAAGAAGUUCACACACCUGAACAGAAGAGAAGGGAAUAUCCAGAUGGGACUGUGAAAAUAUUACACUCGGAUGGUAGCACAGAAACUCGGUACAAAACAGGACGUGUUCGUGUAAAAGAUAGGGAGGGGAACAUUUUGUCUGAUACCCACCAAAGUGUUCAAUAGAACUGUAGGUGAGUAAUGAUAGAUUUCUCUUUGUUCCCCUGAAAAAGACUUAAGUGAUCUGAAUCGUAGCUUUAUUUUGGUAGCCAUUGUUUUUGAGUUUAUAUAUUUUGCAUUUAUUUUGGUAUAUAAGCACAAAUAUUUUUGGUGCAUAAACUGUGCUGUAUGAAUUGUUUAACAUAUCAUUGUGCAUUGUAUAUGAAUAUAGUAAACUAUUUACAAUUAA